AUGCUGCUGACUGCAUCGCUGCAUCGCCGCUGGUACGCCCCGGGCGACGUCGUCCGCGCCGAGGUUUACCUCCAUGGGCUGCCAAUUUCACCCAGCGGCACUUCCAAUGGAGUUGCCGUGCGCCUCGGGCAGGUGGACAACUACUUUGCCGACGUCGACGCCGAUGCCCCUCCGGUGGUCCGAGUGAAGUACCUCACGGCGCGAAUUGUUGGCGUUUGUGCCGUGGAUUCUAGACGCCUGCAGUACACUCUGGCAGGGGAGCGGGCGGUGGCCGAGCGCUGUCGAAUGCUUGUCGACGACAAGCUAUCGAAGGACUACAAUGCCUACACACUCUUCUGCUCGGAUGAGGUUUCCAUGGUAACCAGUUUGCCCCUGCGGGAGCGGGAGUCGAGGGCGCUGGUUGUGACCUUCACGUUGCCCGAUUAUUUGCCGCCCUCGUUUCGCGGUCAAUGCAUCCGCUUUUAUUACGCUCUUCACCUGUACGGUGUUCGUUGUGGCCCACUGGAUGUGAGUGUGCCUGUAAAGCUCCGUAUCCCAAUUAAGGUGUACUCGGCGCAGGCGAUUCUCACCCCACUGCUGCUUCCCGCAUCGUUCCCGCUGGAGGGGUUUGACGUUGGAGCAAAGGUCAUUCUUCGGCAGCCCACCCCGUCGCCUGCCUUGACGGGGCCGCUGCAAAGUUACCUGCUCCCCGCAGAAGUGGAAGACUUUCACGCCCACGUGCUUUCUAAGCGGGCACUACACACUCGGGCCAGUCAAUUAGCGAAGCAGCGCAUCCCGCUAGAGUUCCUCUUAACUUUGGGCGGGGAAUCGGCCUUGACAGUGGCGCUCGCCUCAACGACAGUAGUGAUUGGAGACAGCUUGAGUGGUGUCUUUGUGGUGAACAGCAACCCGACGUCCCAACCAGUGAAGGUUAUUGGUAGCCUGGAGUUUCUUGAGUGUUGCGCCGCCAAACACGUGAAGAAGGGCGUCUCUUGCCAUCAGCUUCCUGGAUGGGGGAAGGAGCUUGUUGUGGCGGAAACAAAGGUAGUGGAGGAGUUUGACUGGGUUCUGCUUGAUCGUGCCUCCACCCGCUUUUCUGUUCCCCUCACGAACCCAAAUAUCUAUUCAUCGAUGCACACAGACGUCGUGACUUUUUGUUGGCAGUUGCGGCUACGCUUUCUGUGGUGCAGGUUGCCCGUGUUGCGUCAGUGCCGCGCAAGCCAACGUGAGGAACUGAAGAUAGAAGAAGAGGAACCAGAGCUUGUCGUGCCGUUGAUAGUUGUGCCACCGUUUCAAUGUGAGCAACAGCCAUGCAAAGGCGCAACGCUUCAGGUCUUCUGCUGA